AGAUUGGCUCGGCAUGUCGCUGUGCUCCCUCGCCGCACCGUUCCUCCCCGCGCAGCCAUGGCGCCCCUGCGGCGGUCGCGCUGCUCCCCUCGCCGCGGCUCGCCCGAGCUCACCGUGGCGGCCUUCUCGGUCGUCUCCCUGGUCUCCGGCGGCCAGGCGGCCAACGCCCGCCGAGAGGCCGCCGCGAAGUACGAAGCGGACCGCUAUCUCCGCGCCGGCGUGGCCGCAUACCGGCAGGGCAGAGCAGAGUUCCAGGCCGAGCCGCUGCUGAGGGCCAAGCGCCUCCUCGCGAGGGCGGUCGAGCUCAGACCGUCGCCAGAGGGGUUCUUCUUCUUGGGCGGGACGCUGUCGCUCAUGUCAAAGCCGCGGUCAGCGACGAGAGCUUACCUGGCCUGCCUGCGACUGGACCCCACGUCCGUGGCCGCGCACCAGAACGUGGCGCAGAUUUUCGACGACUUGGGCAACAAGUCGGCCGCGCAUGUGCACUACCUGCGCUGGGCGGAGCUGGCGCCUCGCUCGGCGCACGCGCGCAGGGCGCUGGCCAUCUCGCAGCUGUGGUCUGGCGACGCCGCCGCGGGCGCGCGCGAGUGCGACGAGGCCGUGCGGCUGGCGCCCAGCGAGCCCAUCGUGCCGUACGACUGCGCUCAGAUGAUGGUGCUGAUGCUGCCGCCAGGGGAGGAGCUGCCUGCGGAGCUGCCGGGUCGUGCGGGCGAGGCGCCCGGCAGUGACGGCAGCAGCGCGCACUGGGCCGAGCGCAUCGAGCCGCUGUUCCAGCGCGCGCAGCGGGCCGCGCUGGGCGCGUGGCGAGGGGGCCCCAGGCCCCUGCCACCCGCGCGCGACGCGCCCAGCGGAGAGGACCCUCUCAGCGCCGUGCCGACGGUGCGUUGGAUGCCCGCCGCGCCUGCCUCGGCGCCGCUGUGCCCCGAGGGUGCUCGCGCGGUGCGGGACUGGCGCGAGUGGCGGGGCAGCGCCACCGGCGCCGACGCCGCCGUGGCGGACUCUGUCGAGCUGUUGGCGCCCGGCGGUGAAGUUUAUGGCCAGCGCGUACCACAGACCUAUGGUGGACCGUUCACGUGGGCUGGGCAGCGGUACUUGGAGAGGGCCGUGGUCGCAGCGGUGUUGCGAGAUGUAUUGGUGAGCGGCAACGAGGGCGUCAUCACCAGGGGGUGUGACGUUUUCGUGCCGUACUACGACGUGCAGAUCCCAUGGCACGAGAAUCUGCCCUGGCCGGACCCCCCCACAGAGCCAGUGAGGCGGGUGCGCGCCGCGCUCUGGCUGCUCGUGAUGUUCCCGGCCAAUUUCUUCAGCUUCCUCAUCGACGAGCUGGCGCGGCUGGCCGUGUGGCUGGUCACGAAGAAGGAGCGGUUGCCUCUCCUGGUCCCCGCCGACCGCGGGAGGCUGAAAAGCUUCAUGUACGAUUGGUUCGACCUGCUCGGAGGCUUCGAGGUCCUGCCCUACGACGUGAGGCCGCACUUCACGGGAGCGGCGCAGGUGGCAGCGCCGCGCCUCCUGGUGCAGGAGCUGCACGUGGUGGACUGGCGCGACCCGGAGGGGGCGGAGCGGCGUGGCGACGUGUUCCUCCUGCCGCCCCGGUGGGCGCUGCUGCGCCUGCGCGGCCUGGCGGUCGGCUGGGCACUGGGCGCGGGAGCGCGAGGCACCGGCCACGCCUCGGCCGGGGGCCCGACGCUGCUCUGGAUCCAGCGCUCGGCGGCGACGACGCGCCGCGUCGCGAACGAGCCCGAGCUCCUGGACGCCCUCGGCGCGGCCCUGGAGGGGCUCGAGGGGCCCAGAUGGACCGUGCGGGUCUUCUCGGACACGCCCAGCGUGCCGCCCGCCCGCGAGGCAGUCCGGCUGUUCCACGAGGCGGAUAUCGUCGUGGGCGUGCACGGUUCUGGCCAGGCGAACAUGGUGUUCUGUCAGGAGGGUGCUGGAGUCAUCGACAUAAACAUCCCCGAGCCGCAUUCACACGGCGGGGGGGGGUCGCGGCUUCCGCCCACAACAGCUUCGCGCUGGGGUUGA